UGAAGCAUUGAAAGGUCCGGAGUCUAAACUAAGCCUCUAUCUCUCACCUUAAAAACAAACUCCCAAUCUCUUGUCGAUCUCAGAGCCAAAACCGUGAUGGCCAACUUGGAAGAUGUGCCCUCCGUCGAUCUUAUGAGCGAGGUCCUUCGUCGUAUGAAGUGCUCCUCCAAACCUGACAAGCGCCUCAUUCUAGUUGGUCCACCUGGUUCAGGAAAAGGUACCCAAUCACCUAUUAUUAAGGAUGAAUACUGCUUGUGCCAUUUGGCUACUGGUGAUAUGUUGAGAGCCGCUGUUGCUGCUAAGACUCCUCUUGGAAUUAAAGCGAAGGAGGCUAUGGAGAAGGGAGAACUUGUUUCUGAUGACCUGGUUGUGGGGAUCAUUGAUGAUGCAUUGAAGAAGCCUUCAUGCCAGAAGGGUUUCAUUCUUGAUGGAUUUCCGAGAACUGUGGUCCAAGCACAGAAGCUAGAUGAGAUGCUCCAAAAUCGUGGUGCUAAGGUUGAUAAGGUGCUCAACUUUGCAAUUGAUGACUCAAUCUUGGAAGAGAGGAUUACAGGUCGCUGGAUUCACCCGUCCAGUGGUAGAAGCUAUCACACAAAGUUUGCACCACCCAAGGUUCCUGGUGUUGAUGAUGUAACUGGUGAGCCCCUUAUUCAACGUAAGGAUGAUACUGCUGCCGUUCUCAAGUCAAGGCUGGAAGCAUUUCACAAGCAAACUGAACCAGUCAUUGAUUAUUAUUCGAAGAAAGGAGUUGUUGCCAAUCUUCCAGCUGAGAAACCUCCUAAGGAGGUCACUGUUGAGGUUCAGAAAGUGCUCUCUUCGUAGAACAUGGUCGUCCUGCCAUAUUGGAUGAUUUAUUUAAAAAGCUUUUGGUCACCUGUAUUUUGAUAUACAAUUGAGUCAGCUGAUUUAAUACUCAUGUGCUGAAUUUCAAACUGAAAGCACCGGCUGCUGUCAACUCUUAAGAGUUUAAUUAGAGAAUCCUGUCAAAUAAUAUUUUAUUGAACCUUUGAUCCUCGAAAUUGAAAAUUUAGUGCUGGUUGAGUUCUGAUAA